AAAACUGUUGCACCAUUUUAAUUUCAAUUUGCUUAUGGGCUUGGAGGCUAUGGUAGUGAAGAUCAACUAGCAGUAUGUGCGCAUGAUUGAAGAUGGAGCCAGUUAUUAAUUUUUCAUCUUACAUGCGUUUCUUUCUUCUUUCGGCAUUUUUGAUGCUUCACUUGGUCUUGGUGCCUAACGUUUCUGCCAAUAGAGAAGGUGAUGCCCUGAAUGCUUUGAAGAAAAGUAUUAGUGAUCCUAACAAUGUUCUUCAAAGUUGGGAUUCUACCCUUGUCACUCCUUGCACAUGGUUUCGUGUUACUUGCAACAAUAAAAAUAGCGUGACCCGUGUUGAUCUUGGAAAUGCAAACCUUUCGGGUCAACUUGUUCCACAGCUUGGUCAACUCCCAAAUUUGCGAUACUUGGAACUUUAUAGUAAUAAUAUAACUGGGAAAAUCCCAGAUGAGCUUGGAAGUUUGACAAAAUUGGUGACCUUGGAUCUUCACUUGAACAACAUUACUGGUUCCAUUCCAGACAACUUGGCCAACCUUAAAAAUCUACGUUUCUUGCGUCUCAACAAUAACAGCUUGUCAGGAAAAAUUCCUGUGUGUUUGACCACUAUUGCUUCACUACAAGUGCUUGAUUUCUCAAACAACAACUUAACAGGAGAUAUCCCCAUCAAUGGUUCUUUUUCACUUCUUACUCCCAACAGUUUUAAGAAUAAUCCUUUAUUGAAUCUAAAUAUGACUGCACCAGCUCUUACACCGCAACAAAAUCCUUCAGGUAAUGGAAACAUUGUUAUUGGAGCCAUUGUUGGAGGAGUUGCUGUGACUGUUACACUGUUGUUUGCCGCGGCCCUUGUGAUUACACUUGUUUGUUGGAAUAAAAGAGGGAAGCCAAAGGAUUAUUUCAUUGAUGUUGCCGCUGAGGAGGAUGAUCAUGAAUUUCACCUUUCUCAGCUUAAAAGAUUUUCACUGCGUGAACUGCAAGUUGCAACAGAUAGCUUUGAUAACAAAAACAUUAUUGGUAGAGGUGCAUUUAGCAAGGUCUAUAAAGGACGCUUAACAAAUGGUGAGCUUGUAUCAGUAAAAAGACUUAAAGAGGAACGCAAGCAGGGUGGGGACUUGCAAUUUCAAACUGAAGUGGAAAUGAUCGGCAUGGCAAAACAUCCAAAUUUGCUUCGCCUGCAUGGGUUUUGUAUGACACCUACUGAACGCUUGCUUGUGUAUCCUUUCAUGGUUAAUGGAAGUUUAGCUUCAUGUUUACGAGACCGUCCGGAAUCAAAACCACCACUUAAAUGGCCAACAAGGAAGUGUAUUGCUUUGGGAGCUGCUAGAGGGCUUGCUUAUUUGCAUGAUGGUUGUGACCCAAAGAUCAUUCAUCGUGAUGUCAAAGCUGCAAAUAUAUUGUUGGAUGAGGAGUUUGAAGCAUUCAUUGGUGAUUUUGGAUUAGCAAAGCUUAUGAAUUAUAAAGAUACUGAUGUUAUUUCUUCGAUACGUGGUACUAUUGGUCAUAUGGCACCAGAGUACCUUUCAACUGGAAACACUUCAGAUAAGACUGAUGUUUUUGGAUAUGGUGUGAUGCUUCUUGAAAUAAUAACUGGGCAGAGGGCUUUUGAUUUAGCACAACUUGCCAAUGAUGAUGAUCUCUUGUUCCUUGAUUGGGUGAAAGCACUUUUGAAAGAAAAGAGGUUGGAGACACUGGUGGAUGCAGAUUUACGAGGAAAUUACGAUGAGAGGGAAGUGGAGGAGGUAAUCCAAGUGGCCUUGCUAUGCACACAAAACUCCCCUUUGGAAAGACCCAAGAUGUACGAUGUGGUGAGAAUGCUAGAAGGUGAAGGUUUGGCAGAAAAAUGGGAUGAAUGGUGGCAGAAAGAGGAUGUGAAUUAUGUGAUCCAGCUAGAUUUUGACCCCACCAAUUCUUGUUGCCAAUCAUCAGAUGAAAUGUCAGGUCCUAGAUGAUCUUUGAACAAAAACAAACUUCUUCAAGAAUGAAACAUUUACCAAAUGGAGAGACUCUUUGUACAAAUAAAAAGUUUCUCUCAGAUGAAAAAUAUUUAACAAAAAGAUACCUUUUCAA